AUGGGCACCAAGAGCGGGAGCCGGGCACUGGCGUGGGCCCUCGCUGCUGCGCUGCUGCUGUGGCCAGCAGAGACUCAGGGCGGCGAGGAGCCGAGCCCAGGGAGCCAAGAGCCCACGGAGGAUGGUGCCUACCCCACACCCCCCACGACCCGGCCCGUGACCUUCAUCCCGCCCAUCACCAGCUACCCCCACAUGAGCUCCCGGACCCUGGCGCACAACGGCCGGGUGUGCAGCACCUGGGGCGACUUCCACUACAAGACCUUCGACGGCGCCGUCUUCCGCUUCCCGGGCCUCUGCAACUACGUGUUCUCGGCGCACUGCGGCGGCGCCUACGAGGACUUCAACGUGCAGCUGCGCCGCGGCCUGGCGGGCGCCCAGCCCACGGUCACCCGCGUGGUCCUCAGGGCCCAGGGGCUGCUACUGGAGCUCACCAACGCCUCCGUCCUCAUGGACGGACAGCGGGUGGACCUGCCCCUCAGCCGAGCCGGCCUCCUGGUGGAGCGCAGCAGCCACUACGUCAAGGUCAGCCUCCGGCCGGUCCUGACCCUCCUGUGGAAUGAGGAGGACAGCGUCCUGCUGGAGCUGGACCCCAAGUACGCAAACCAGACCUGUGGCCUCUGCGGGGACUUCAACGGGCUCCCGGCUGCCAGCGAGUUCUACGCCCACAGUGCCAGGCUGAACCCUCUGCAGUUCGGGAACCUGCAGAAGCUGGACGGUCCCACCGAGCAGUGCGAGGACCCCCUGCCCUCGCCAGCCCCCAGCUGCACAGACGAGGGGGACAUCUGCCGCCGCACCCUGCUGGGCCCCGCCUUCGCUGAGUGCAACACCCUGGUGGACGCCGACGUGUACGUGACCGCCUGUGCCCAGGACCUGUGCCGCUGCCCCACCUGCCCGUGUGCCACCUUCGCCGAGUACUCGCGCCAGUGCGCCCACGCCGGGGGCCAGCCACAGAACUGGAGGCUCCCCGACCUCUGCCCCCGGACGUGCCCCCUCAACACGCAGCCCCAGGAGUGCGGCUCGCCCUGCACCGACACCUGCUCCAACCCCCAGCACGCGCAGCUCUGCGAGGACCACUGCACGGACGGCUGCUUCUGCCCCGCAGGUACCGUUCUGGAUGACAUCACGCACUCCGGCUGCCUGCGCCUGGAGCAGUGCCCCUGCGCCCACGGCGGCCGCACCUACGCCCCCGGGGACUCAUUCACAACCAGCUGCCGCUCCUGCACCUGCUCCGGGGGCCUGUGGCAGUGUCAGGAUUUGCCGUGCCCGGGCACCUGCUCCGUGAGGGGGGGCUCGCACAUCUCCACCUACGACGAGAAGCUGUACGACGUGUACGGCGACUGCAGCUACGUCCUGUCCAAGCCAUGUGCUGACAGCUCCUUCACCGUGCUGGCCGAGCUGCGCAAGUGUGGUCUGACGGACAGCGAGACCUGCCUGAAGACGGUGACAGUCAGCCUGCACGGUGGCGAUACGACCAUCCGGAUCCAGGCUGGCGGGGGAGUGUUCGUGAACUCCAUCUACACCCAGCUGCCCGUGUCCGCAGCCAACAUCACCAUGUUCAGGCCCUCCUCCUUCUUCAUCGUGGUGCACACGGGCCUGGGGCUGCAGCUGCAGGUGCAGCUCGUGCCCCUCAUGCAGCUGUUCCUCCGGCUGGACCCCGCCCACCGCGGCCAGAUGUGUGGCCUCUGCGGGAACUUCAACCAGAACCAGGCUGAUGACUUCGCGGCCCUCAGCGGCGUGGUGGAGGGCACGGGUGCCGCCUUUGCCAACACCUGGAGGACCCAGGCCACCUGCCCAGAUGCCAAGAACAGCAUCGAGGACCCCUGCUCGCUCAGCGUGGAGAACGAGAACUAUGCCCAGCACUGGUGCUCGCGGCUGAUCGACCCCGCCGGUGCCUUUGCGUCCUGCCACUCCACGGUCAACCCCGCGCCCUUCCACUCGAACUGCCUGUUCGACACCUGCAACUGUGAGAAGACUGAGGACUGCCUGUGCGCGGCCCUGGCCUCCUACGUGCACGCCUGCGCUGCCAAGGGCGUGCUGCUCCGCGGCUGGCGGGACGGCGUCUGCACCAAGUACAUGAGCAGCUGCCCCAAGUCCCAGAGCUAUGCGUAUGUGGUAGACACCUGCCAGCCCACCUGCCGCGCCCUGAGCGAGCCCGACCUCACCUGCGGCGUCAGCUUCGUGCCCGUGGACGGCUGCACCUGCCCCGAGGGCACCUUCCUGGACGACGCGGGUGCUUGUGUGCCUGCCCAGGAGUGCCCCUGCUACUUCCACGGCCUCGUGAUGGCUGCCGGAGAGGUGGUGCAUGACAAUGGUGCCGUGUGCUCGUGCGCCAGUGGGGAGCUGAGCUGCCUGGGGACCCUGUUGCAGAACAGCGUGGGCUGCGUGGCUCCCAUGGUGUACCUGGACUGUGCCAAUUCCUCGGCCGGCACGCAGGGGGCCGAGUGCCUCAGGAGCUGCCACACACUGGACGUGGACUGCUUCAGCACGCACUGCGUGUCCGGCUGUGUGUGUCCUCUGGGACUGGUGUCGGAUGGACGCGGUGGCUGCGUGGCCGAGGAGGACUGCCCCUGUCUGCACAACGAGGCCGCCUACAAGCCCGGCGAGACCAUCCGCGUGGGCUGUAACACCUGCACCUGCAGGAACCGCAGGUGGGAGUGCAGCCAGAGGCCCUGCCUGGGCACGUGCGUGUCCUACGGGGACGGCCACUUCAUCACCUUCGACGGCGAGCGCUACAGCUUCGAAGGCACCUGCGAGUACACCCUAGCCCAGGACUACUGUGGGGGCAACGUCAGCACGGACGGCACCUUCCGCGUCGUCACCGAGAACGUCCCCUGUGGGACGACGGGGACCGCCUGCUCCAAGGCCAUCAAGCUCUUCGUGGAGGGCCAUGAGCUGCUCCUGCAGGAGGGGACAUUCAAGGUGGUGGAGAGGGCAUUGGCCAGGGACCCGCCCUACAGGGUCCGUCACAUGGGCCUCUUCCUGGUCAUCGAGACCCGCCGCGGGCUGGUGGUGGCCUGGGACCGGAAGACCAGCGUGUUCAUCUGGCUGCACCAGGAUUAUAAGGGCAGGGUCUGUGGCCUGUGCGGGAACUUCGACGACAACGCCAUGAACGACUUCACCACGCGGAGCCAGUCAGUGGUGGGCGACGCGCUGGAGUUCGGGAACAGCUGGAAGUUCUCGCCGUCCUGCCCGGACGCGCCGGCACCCAGGGACUCCUGCACUGCCAACCCCUACCGCAAGUCCUGGGCCCAGAAGCAGUGCAGCAUCAUCCACAGCGCCACCUUCGCUGCCUGCCGCUCCCAGGUCGACUCCACCAAGUACUACGAGGCCUGCGUGCAGGACGCCUGCGCCUGUGACUCGGGCGGCGACUGCGAGUGCUUCUGCACGGCCGUGGCCGCCUACGCCCAGGCCUGCCACGAGGUGGGCGUGUGCGUGUCCUGGAGGAGCCCGGACGUGUGCCCCCUGUUCUGUGACUACUACAACUCCCAAGGCCAGUGUGAGUGGCACUAUGAGCCAUGCGGGGCUCCCUGCCUGAGGACCUGCCGGAACCCCACAGGCCAAUGCCUGGUGGACCUGCCUGGCCUGGAAGGCUGCUACCCUAAGUGCCCGCCCAGCGAGCCCUUCUUCAGCGAGGACCAGAUGAAGUGCGUGGCCCAGUGUGGCUGCUAUGACCAGGACGUACACUACUAUGACAUUGGUGAGAGGGUCCCCACGGUGGAGAACUGCCAGAGCUGUAACUGCACCGCUGGCGGCCUGCAGUGCGUGCACAGCCUCGCAGCCUGCGCGUGCAGCUACGAGGGCAGGACCUACCGCUACGGGGACAUCAUCUACAACACGACGGACGGGCUUGGCGCCUGUCUGAUCGCCGUCUGCGGGGACAACGGCACCAUAUCACGGCGGGCAGUGGGCUGUCCUGGGGUCUCAACCACAGCACCCUUCACCUUCACCACCACCCCCGCCCCUCCCUCCACAACAAGCUCCGUCCCCACGGCGUCCACCGUGUGCGUCCGCCAGGUCUGCCACUGGUCCAGCUGGUAUGAUGGAGGCCGUCCAGAGCCUGGGCUGGGAGGGGGUGACUUUGAGACGUUUGCAAACCUGAGACAGAGAGGGUACCAGGUGUGCUGGGCCCCGGCUGACAUCGAGUGCCGUGCACAGCAACUGCCCAGCACCCCCCUGGAGCAGCUGGGCCAGAGGGUGGACUGCGACCUGGCCCGGGGGCUGACCUGCUUCAACAGUGAGCAGAGCCCCCCGCUGUGCCACAACUACGAGCUGCGCGUGCUGUGCUGCGACCACCUCCCCUGCGGCCCCUCCUCCAAUGGCACAACCCAGCCUCCGCCCACCCUGAGCCCCUCAACCCCAGAGACGGCAUCCCCUGGGUCCCUGUCCACGCCCACCCAGACCUCAGCAGUGGAGACCACCCCGCCGGCGACAAGCUCCCAGACCACGUCCACUUUGCACACCACGGGGGUCACGCACGCUGUGAGCACCUGUCGGCCCCGCUGCCAGUGGACGGGGUGGCUGGACGUGGACUACCCCAAGUCUGAGGACGUGGGAGGGGACGUGGAGACCUACGAGAACAUCCGGGCUGCGGGGCUAGACAUGUGUGAGCAGCCGCAGGACAUAGAGUGUGAGGCCGAGAACUACCCCCAGCAGCCCCUGGAGCAGCUGGGCCAGCGCGUGCACUGCGAUGUGCGUGUCGGCCUGGUGUGUCGCAACCAGGAGCAGGAGGGGCUGUUCCGCAUGUGCUACAACUACAGGAUCCGCGUGCUGUGCUGCGGGGUCAGCCACUGCGGGGCUCGGCCCACCACGGCCACCUCGGCCCCCACGGCCAGCACGGCCCCCACGGCCAGCACAGCCACCACUGCCACCACAGCGACCACGGCCAGCACAGCCACCACUGCCACCACAGCCCCCACGGCCACCACAGCCACCACGGCCACCACAGCCACCAUGGCCACCUCGGCCCCCACGGCCAGCACUACCAGCACAGCCACCACGGCCACCACAGCCACCACUGCCAGCACAGCUACCACGGCCACCACAGCACCCACAGCCACCACAGUCAGCACAGGCCCCAUGGCCAGCACAGCCACUACGGUCACCACGGUCACCACAGCUACCACAGUCACCAUAGCCACCACGGCCAGCACAGCCCCCACGGCCACCACAGCCACCACGGCCAGCACAGCCCCCACGGCCACCACAGCCACCAUGACCAGCACAGCCACCAUGGCCCACACAGCUACCACAGCCUCCACAGCCCCCACGGCCCCCACAGCUACCACAGGUCCCACGGUCAGCACAGCCAGUACAGCCACCACAGCCCCCACAGCCACCACAGGUCCCACAGCUACCACCACUACCACAGGUCCCAUGGUCAGCACAGCCAGCACGGCCCCCACAGCUACCACAGCCAGCACAGCCACCACAGCCACCACAGCCACCACUGCCAGCACAGCCACCAUGGCCACCUCGGCCCCCACGGCCAGCACUACCAGCACAGCCACCACGGCCACCACAGCACCCACAGCCACCACAGCCACCACGGCCCCCACAGCUACCACAGGUCCCAUGGUCAGCACAGCCAGUACAGCCACCACGGCCCCCACAGCCACCACAGGUCCCACAGCUACCACCACUACCACAGGUCCCACGGUCAGCACAGCCAGCACGGCCCCCACAGCUACCACAGCCAGCACAGCCACCACGGCCCCCACGGCCCCCACAGCUACCACAGGUCCCACAGUCAGCACAGCCACCUCAGCCAGCACAGCCACCACAGGCCAGACAGCCAGCACGACAACCACGGGAACCACAGCUACCACAGCCAGCACAGGCCCCACAGCCACCACGGCCACCAUGGCCACCACAGCCCUCACAGCCAGCACAGGCCCCACAGCCACCACAGCCACCACAGGCCAGACAGCCAGCACGACAACCACGGGAACCACAGCCCCCACAGCCAGCACAGGCCCCACAGCCACCACGGCCACCAUGGCCACCACUGCCAGCACAGCUACCACGGCCACCACAGCCCUCACAGCCAGCACAGUCCCCAUGACCUCCCUGGCCACCCAAACUCCGUCCCUAAGGCCUAAGCCAGUGAGCAGCCCAGGAAGCACCUGGGCUCCCUCAGCCGUCACCACAACCACACCCUACAUCUCGGAAGGACCAACUUCCUCUGGCCACACGAAAACCCUUGUCACGGCCACCACGGGAAGCCCCACAAUUCCUCCAGGCUCCACAGAAACCAGCACACCAGGAGGGCCCACAUCAAGCUUUCUGACCCGCACAACCUUCUCCGGGACCACCCUGGGAUCCAGCACUCAGAGCAGCCAGCAGCCACCCACACCAGCCUACACAACCAUGCCGACUUCCCCAACUGUCCCAGCGACAGGAACACGGACAAGUGGAGCCAGCACCGAGCCCAAAGAGACUCAGACCAUGAGCCUGACGCAGACGACACGCACACGCCCACCACCCACCUCCCACGUGGAGACACAAACAGCACUGGGCAGCACGACAGAAGCCUCCACCAGCAAAGGCGUAACCCGCUGCCAACCCCGCUGCCAGUGGACGGGGUGGCUGGACGUGGACUACCCCAAGUCUGAGGACGUGGGAGGGGACGUGGAGACCUACGAGAACAUCCGGGCUGCGGGGCUAGACGUGUGUGAGCAGCCGCAGGACAUAGAGUGUGAGGCUGAGAACUACCCCCAGCAGCCCCUGGAGCAGCUGGGCCAGCGCGUGCACUGCGAUGUGCGUGUCGGCCUGGUGUGUCGCAACCAGGAGCAGGAGGGGCUGUUCCGCGUGUGCUACAACUACAGGAUCCGCGUGCUGUGCUGCGGGGUCAGCCACUGCGGGGCUCGGCCCACCACGGCCACCUCGGCCCCCACGGCCAGCACGGCCCCCACGGCCAGCACAGCCACCACUGCCACCACAGCGACCACGGCCAGCACAGCCACCACUGCCACCACAGCCCCCACGGCCACCACAGCCACCACUGCCAGCACAGCCACCAUGGCCACCUCGGCCCCCACGGCCAGCACUACCAGCACAGCCACCACAGCCACCACAGCCACCACUGCCAGCACAGCUACCACGGCCACCACAGCACCCACAGCCACCACAGUCAGCACAGGCCCCAUGGCCAGCACAGCCACCACAGCCACCACUGCCAGCACAGCUACCACAGUCACCACAGCCACCACGGCCAGCACAGCCCCCACCGCCACCACAGCCACCAUGACCAGCACAGCCACCACGGCCCACACAGCUACCACAGCCCCCACAGCCCCCACGGCCCCCACAGCUACCACAGGUCCCACGGUCAGCACAGCCAGCACAGCCACCACGGCCCCCACAGCCAGCACAGCCACCACGGCCACCACAGCUACCACAGCCAGCACAGCCACCACGGCCACCACAGCCACCACUGCCACCACAGCCACCAUGGCCACCUCGGCCCCCACGGCCAGCACUACCAGCACAGCCACCACGGCCACCACAGCACCCACAGCCACCACAGCUACCACAGGCCCCACAGCUACCACAGUCAGCACAGGCCCCACAGCCAGCACGGCCACUAGAGCCACCAUGGCCAGCACAGCCACCAUGGCCACCUCGGCCCCCACGGCCAGCACUACCAGCACAGCCACCACGGCCACCACAGCACCCACAGCCACCAUGGCCACCAAAGCCACUACGAUCACCACAGCCACCAUGGCCACCACAGCCACUACGGUCACCACAGCCACCACAGUCAGCACAGCCACCAUGGCCACCUCGGCCCCCACGGCCAGCACUACCAGCACGGCCACCACAGCACCCACAGCUACCACAGCUACCACAGGCCCCACGGCCACCACAGCCACCAUAGCCAGCACAGUCACCACGGCCACCACAGCACCCAUGGCCAGCACAGCCAGCACAGCCACCACAGCACCCACGGCCACCACAGCCAGCACAGCCACCAUGGCCAGCACAGCCACCACGGCCACCUCAGCACCCACGGCCACCACGGCCACCACAGCCACCACAGCCAGCACAGUCACGACGGCCACCUCGGCCAGCACUACCAGCACGGCCACCACAGCCACCACAGCACCCACGGCCACCACAGCCAGCACAGGCCCCACGGCCACCACAACCACCAUAGCCAGCACAGGCCCCACGGCCAGCACAGGCCCCACGGCCACCACGGCCAGCACAGGCCCCACGGCCACCACGGCCAGCACAGGCCCCAUGUCCAGCACAGCCCCCACAGCCCCCACAGCCAGCACAGCCACCACAGCACCCACAGCCACCACAGCCAGCACAGCCACCAUGGCCACCUCAGUCCCCACGGCCACCACUGCCAGCACAGCCACCACGGCCAGCACAGCCACCACGGCCACCUCAGCCCCCACGGUCACCACAGCCCCCAUGUCCAGCACAGCCACCACAGCUAGCAUGGCCACUACAGCCACCACAUCCACCACAGGUCCCACUGCCACCACGGUCACCAUGAUCAGCACAGCCACCACGGCCAGCACAGCCACCACGGCCCCCACAGCUACCACAGGCCCCACAGCCACCACGGCCCCCACAGCUACCACAGGCCCCAUAGCCACCACAGGCCCCACAGCUACCACAGGCCCCAUAGCCACCACGGCCCCCACAGCUACCACAGGCCCCAUAGCCACCACAGGCCCCACAGCUACCACAGGCCCCACAGCCACCACAGCCACCACGGUCACCAUGAUCAGCACAGCCACCAUGGCCAGCACAGCCACCACGGCCCCCACAGCUACCACAGCUACCACAGGUCCCACGGUCAGCACAGGCACCAUGGCCCCCACAGCUACCGCAGGUCCCACGGCCAGCACAGGCACCACAGCCAGCAUAGCCACCACGGCCAGCACAGCCACCACGGCCAGCACAGCCACCACAGGCCCCACGGCCAGCACAGGCACCACGGCCACAAUGGCCACUACCAGUGUGGCACAGACAACACACACACGCCUGCCGUCCACACUGCACGUGAAGACCAGCACAUGGACACAGACAACACAAGGCAGCACGGCAGCAGCCACCACCAGCUGCCAGCCCCGCUGCCAGUGGACGGAGUGGUUUGACGCGGACUACCCAGUUUCAGGCGUUGUGGGUGGGGACAUGGAGACCUACGAGAACAUCAGGGCUGCCGGGGGCAAGAUGUGCCCAGUGCCAGAGAAGAUUGAGUGCCGGGCGGAGAACUACCCCGAGGUCAGCAUCGACCAGAUCGGGCAGGUGCUCAGCUGCAGCCUGGAGGCCGGGCUCAUCUGCAGGAAUGAAGACCAGAAGGGCAGGUUCAACAUGUGCUUCAACUACAAUGUGCGCGUGCUCUGCUGUGACGACUACAGCCACUGCCCCAAUAGUCUGGCCACCACAACCACCACGGCAACCACGCACUCAGGGCCCACGCGCACCAGCAACACGAACGCCACCACGGCGACGCCCACUGCACAGACCACAACAGCCAGCUCAGCCCCAGCUACCGCACACCUGGUAACGUCCAGCAUUCCUACCACACUAGAAUCUCCACACACCACUCCAGCGCUGACCACCAGCAUGAUCAGCUCCAUCACACACUCCUCCUCCAGCACAGGGACUGCUCAGAGCUCCCCGGUGCUGACCACCAAGGCCACCUCAUCUACAGCCACCAGAUCCACAGUGCCACCCUCCUCCACUCUGUUGACUAGGCCUACAUCAUCAGCACUGACCACCAAGAAUACUUCAUCUGUAGCCACAAGAUCCACAGUAACCACAUCCCACACCGUGGUAACAGUCACCCCAUCAGUGCUGACCACCACCACGUCACCUGAGACCACGGGAUCCACAGUGCCCCAUACCUCCACUCUAGUGACUCUCCCACAGUCCUCAGCGUUGACCACGAUGGCCACUUCAUCUAUACCCACAGGAUCCACAGUGCCUCCCUCUUCCACUGUGGUCACUGAACCCACAUCUUCAGCGCUGACCACCACAGCCACUUCAACUAUACCCACGGGAUCUACACUGUCCCCCUCUUCCACUGUGGUCACUGUCCCCACGUCUUCAGCAAUGAACACCACAGCAACUUCAUCUACAGCCACUGGGUCCACAGGGCCCCCUGCUACCACUAAGGUCACCAUCCCCAAAUCCUCAGCGCCGACCACCAUGGCCACCUCAGCUACAGCCACGGGAUCCACAGUGCCUCCCUCUUCCACUGUGGCCACUGAACCCACGUCUUCAGCACUGACCACCACGGCCACUUCAUCUACAGCCACAGGAUCUACAAUGCCUCCCUCUUCCACUGUGGUCACUGUACCCACGUCUUCAGCGCUGACCACCACGGCCACUUCAUCUAUAGCCACAGGAUCCACACUGCCUCCCUCUUCCACUGUGGCCACUGUACCCACGUCUUCAGCACUGACCACCACGGCCACUUCAUCUAUACCCACAGGAUCCACAGUGCCUCCCUCUUCCACUGUGGUCACUGAACACACGUCUUCAGGGUUGACCACCACGGCCACUUCAUCUACAGCCACAGGAUCCACAGUGCCUCUCUCUUCCACUGUGGCCACUGUACCCACGUCUUCAGCGUUGACCACCACAGCCACUUCAUCAACAGCCCCAGGAUCAACUGUUCCUCCCUCUUCCACUGUGGUCACUGUACCCACGUCUUCAGCACUGACCACCACGGCCACUUCAUCUACAGCCACUGGGUCCACAGUGCCUCCCUCUUCCACAAUGGUCACUGAACACACAUCUUCAGCGUUGACCACCACGGCCACUUCAUCUACAGCCACAGGAUCCACACUGCCUCCCUCUUCCACUGUGGCCACUGUACCCACGUCUUCAGCACUGACCACCACGGCCACUUCAUCUACAGCCACAGGAUCUACAAUGCCUCCCUCUUCCACUGUGGUCACUGUACCCACGUCUUCAGCGCUGACCACCACGGCCACUUCAUCUAUAGCCACAGGAUCCACACUGCCUCCCUCUUCCACUGUGGCCACUGUACCCACGUCUUCAGCACUGACCACCACGGCCACUUCAUCUGUACCCACAGGAUCCACACUGCCUCCCUCUUCCACUGUGGCCACUGUACCCACGUCUUCAGCACUGACCACCACGGCCACUUCAUCUAUACCCACAGGAUCCACAGUGCCUCCCUCUUCCACUGUGGUCACUGUCCCCACCUCUUCAGCAUUAACCACCACGGCCACUUCAUCUACAGCCACAGGAUCCACAGUGCCUCUCUCUUCCACUGUGGCCACUGUACCCACGUCUUCAGCGUUGACCACCACGGCCACUUCAUCAACAGCCCCAGGAUCAACUGUUCCUCCCUCUUCCACUGUGGUCACUGUACCCACGUCUUCAGCACUGACCACCACGGCCACUUCAUCUACAGCCACUGGGUCCACAGUGCCUCCCUCUUCCACAAUGGUCACUGAACACACAUCUUCAGCGUUGACCACCACGACCACUUCAUCUACAGCCACAGGCUCCACACUGCCUCCCUCUUCCACUGUAGCCACUGUACCCACGUCUUCAGCACUGACCACCACGGCCACUUCAUCUACAGCCACAGGAUCUACAAUGCCUCCCUCUUCCACUGUGGUCACUGUACCCACGUCUUCAGCGCUGACCACCACGGCCACUUCAUCUAUAGCCACAGGAUCCACACUGCCUCCCUCUUCCACUGUGGCCACCGUACCCACGUCUUCAGCGCUGACCACCACGACAACUUCAUCUGUACCCACAGGAUCCACAGUGCUUCCCUCUUCCAUUGUGGUCACUGUACCUACGUCUUCAGCACUGACCACCACGGCCACUUCAUCUAUACCCACAGGAUCCACAGUGCCUCCCUCUUCCACUGUGGUCACUGAACACACGUCUUCAGCGCUGACCACCAUGGCCACUUCAUCUACAGCCACAGGAUCCACAGUGCCUCUCUCUUCCACUGUGGCCACUGUACCCACGUCUUCAGCGCUGACCACCACAGCCACUUCAUCUAUACCCACAGGAUCCACAGUGCCUCCCUCUUCCACUGUGGCCACUGUACCCACGUCUUCAGCGCUGACCACCAUGGCCACUUCAUCUACAGCCACAGGAUCCACAGUGCCUCUCUCUUCCACAAUGGUCACUGUCCCCACCUCUUCAGCGUUGACCACCACGGCCAUCUCAGCUAUACCCACAGGAUCCACAGUGCCUCCCUCAUCCACUGUGAUCACUGUACCCACGUCUCCAGAGCUGACCACCACAGCAACUUCAUCUAUACCCACAGGAUCCACACUGCCUCCCUCUUCCACUGUGGCCACUGUACCCACGUCUUCAGCACUGACCACCACGGCCACUUCAUCUACAGCCACAGGAUCUACAAUGCCUCCCUCUUCCACUGUGGUCACUGUACCCACAUCUUCAGCGCUGACCACCACGGCCACUUCAUCUAUAGCCACAGGAUCCACAGUGCCUCCCACUUCCACUCUGGUCACUGUCCCCACGUCUUCAGCAUUGACCACCACAGAAACUUCAUCUACAGCCACUGGGUCCACAGUGCCCCCUGCUACAACUGUGGUCACCAUUCCCAAAUCCUCAGCACUGUCCACCAUGGCCACCUCAUCUAUACCCACAGGAUCCACAGUGCCUCCCUCUUCCACUCUGGUCACUGUACCCACGUCUUCAACGCUGACCACCACAGCCACUUCAUCUAUAGCCACAGGAUCCACACUGCCUCCCUCUUCCACUGUGGCCACUGUACCCACGUCUUCAGCACUGACCACCAUGGCCACUUCAUCUACACCCACGGAAUCCACAGUGUCUCCCUCUUCCUCAGUGGUCAUUGUCUCCACAUCCUCAGCACUAUCCAGCACGGCCACUUCAACUACAGCCACAGGACCCACAGUGCCUCCCUCUUCCACUGUGUUCACUGUGCCCACAUCUUCAGCACUGUCUACCACGGCCACUUCAUCUGAGCCCACUGGAUCCACAGUGUCCACUUCUUCCAUCCCGGAGACCACCUACACAUCCCCAGCCCUGACCACUAGGGCCAGCACUCCUGCAACCUCUCCCAGCAGCCAGCUGACCUUCAGUGUGUCCCCCAUGUCUACUGAGGGCCCCUCCAGCGUCAGGCCCUCCACCUCACCCAGCUCACCCCACUCGCCAGUCCCCUGCCUGUGCUGGGUGCAUGGACAUCCAUUCUCACCAGGGGACGUCAUAUACAACAAGACCGACAGAGCAGGCUGCCACUUCUAUGCCACCUGCAGCCAGCAGUGUGACAUCGUCCGCUUCCAAGACUCCUGCACCUCACCUGCACCCACUGUGUCCUCGCGCCCACCGCCUCCGUCCCCAUCACCCCCUGGCUGUGACAACGCCAUCCCUCCGCGACAGGUGAACGAGUCCUGGACCCUGGAGAACUGCACGGUGGCCAAGUGUGAGGGCAACAACCACGUCAUCCUUCUGGGGCGGAAGCCUGUCGCCAAUAUCACCUGUGCCAACGGGCAGCUGCCCAUCCAAGUGUGGGACCCCAGCCAGCCCUGCGAGUACCACCAGGAGUGCGAGUGCUCCUGCAGUGCGUGGGGCAAUGCCCACUAUCUGACCUUUGACGGCACCGCCUACUCCUUCUCCGGCACCUGUACCUACGUGGUCAUGAAAGAGAUCCACCCUCGCCAAGGGGACCUGAGCAUCUACCUUAACAACCACUUCUGCAGGGCCCCCGGGGCCACCCACUGCUCCCGCGCCCUCAUCGUCCACUACAAGUCCAUGGACAUCAUCCUCACCACCAGGACUACUGCCAGCGGGAGGGAGGAGAGCCUGAUCCUGCUUAACCAAAAGCGGAUGAGCAGAGGCUUCCACGAGGACGGCGUGAGCGUGUCUGUGGGGGCGGCCACGACCAUGCGCAUUGACAUCCCCGCCAUCGGCGUGAGCAUCACCUUCGACGGGCACCUCUUCCAGGUCCAGCUGCCCUACAGCCGCUUCAGCCACAACACAGAGGGCCUGUGUGGCACCUGCACCAACAGCCGGACGGACGACUGCCGCCGGCCAGAUGGGACCAUGGCCUCCUCGUGCCGGGACAUGGCCAAGACCUGGCUGGUCCCCAGCAACAGCACAGAGGGCUGCUGGUCUCCAACCAGCCCGGCCCCGAGCACCAGCACCCAGCACCCAGUGUCCAGCCCGCCCAGCCCCAGCCCCUGCCCCCCAGCGCCCCUCUGCGAGCUGCUGCUGGGCCCGGUCUUUGCCGAGUGCCACGGCCUCAUCCCGCCCGGCCCGUUCUUCACCGCCUGUGUCAGCGACAGCUGCUGGCCCGGCAGCCAGCCCGGCCUGCCCUGCCAGAGCCUGGAGGCCUACGCGGGGCUGUGCCGUGCCCGAGGCGUGUGCAGCGACUGGCGCAAUGCCACCGGCGGGCUGUGCGACCUGCCCUGCCGGCCGCCCAAGGUGUACCAGCCGUGUGGCCCCGUGCAGCCCGUGUCCUGCGACUCCAGGAGCCAGAGCUCGGUGGACGCAGAACUGACCGAAGGCUGCUUCUGCCCCGAAGACCAGAUCCUCUUCAAUACGCACACGGACAUCUGCGUGCCCCAAUGCCCUUGCGUGGGGCCGGAUGGGUUUCCCAAAUUCCCUGGAGAGCGGUGGGUCAGCGGCUGUCAGAUCUGCACGUGCGAUCCGACGACCGUGUCGGUGCAGUGCCGGCCAGUGCAGUGUGAACCCCAGGACCAGGCCCUGAACUGCAGUGGGGUUGGCUUUGUGCCAGGGACCAGGCCCCGGCCAGACAACCCCUGCUGCCUGGAGAGGCUGUGCGUCUGCAACACGACCACCUGCCCCCAGAGCCCACCAAAGUGUGAGCUGGGGCAGGAGCUGACCAGCACCCAGGGGGACGCCGACUGCUGCCCCACCUUCAGCUGCCGACCUAAGCUGUGCACCUACAACGGAACCGUCUACGGGGUUGGGGCCACCUUCUCCGGGGUCGUCCCCUGCCACACCUGCACCUGCCUCCUGGAGGGCGCCCAGGACCCAACUGUGCAGUGUGAGAGGGACUCCUGCACCACCACCUGCCCCCAGGGCUUCGAGCACUCCUGGGCCGAUGGGCAGUGCUGCGGGGAGUGCGUGCAGACCGCCUGCCUCACGCCAGACGGCCGGCUCAUCCAGCCCAACGAAACCUGGGUCAACAGCCGCGUGGACAACUGCACCCGGUACCGCUGCGAGGCUGAGCAGGGGCUCCUGGUGCUGACCCCACAGCCUGUGUCCUGCCCAGACUUGUCCAGCUGCCGGGGCACCCUCAGGAAGACCGGCUGCUGCUACUCCUGUGAGGAAGCAAACUCGUGCCACGUCCGUAUCAACACAACCGUCCUGCAGUACCGGGGCUGCGUGGCCGAGGCACCGGUCACCGUGACCUUCUGCGAGGGCUCCUGCCCCGGAGUGUCCAGGUACUCCAUGGAGGCCCAGGCCAUGCAGCACUGGUGCACCUGCUGCCAGGAGAGGAGCACCCACCAGGAGGUGGUGACCAUGCGGUGUCCGGACGGCAUGGCCAUCCAGCACGUCUACACGCAGGUGGACAAGUGUGUCUGCACCCCGUCCUGCCUGCCCUCGCCCACAGCCCCCACGGACACCCUCGCCUAGGGAGACCCCACAGUCAGGACGUUCUGUCUUGUGCCCCCCGCGCCUCUCCACCUGGAGCCAGGACUCGCAUCCCACACGAGUCUCAGGCGGGGCUGCCCCAUCGCACCCUCUGGAACUUUUCACGGCGCCCACUCCUGCCCAGGGGUGAACUGGCCUGCUG